UUAUUCACUCAUUAUUCCGUGCCACCAUACAUGGCCCCUGUGAUGAUGGGGCCUCCUGUGACAGAUGCACAUGCGCAGUCUCUCCGGUAGAGUUCGCUGUGACCGUUCAUUUCCCCUCGUCCUCCUUCUCCUGUGAGUGUGGAGCUCCUCCCCCCCGUCUGUGCACCGACUCUGUGCCGGGUCACGUUACCGAGGAGAGAGAGAGAGAGAGAGAGCGAGAGCGAGAGCGAGUCCGUGUGAAUUCACUGAGCUCCUUCCCGUCGAGUCACAAGCUCCUUGCACUUUCGACUAAAUAUUAGUCAGAGUUGACGGGAAAGCAGAACCAGUCAGACGACAGCCGGGAGUCUUUAACCAGCACCGAACACAGUGCGGAGGACACGCACACACACACACACACAGCCGGAAUCUAAGCACAAGAGCUGGAUGGAUUUAAGAGUCUGCCCACGACAUGGACAUUGAAUAAUAACAGCAUCCGCUUUGAGUCAAGACGAAGAAGAAGCCAUGGAUGCAAGCUGGAAAAACUCCUUGGAAGAGGAGCUCCUGUGUCCCAUCUGCCUGAAUGUCUUUGAAGAACCAAUCCAGCUGCCGUGCAAGCACAACUUCUGCAAAACUUGCAUCUCAGAGGCCUGGUCCGGUGUCAUCAGCACUGGGAUCCGCUGCCCAGAGUGCAACCAUGAAUACAACCAGAAACCCACGCUGGACAAAAACUUCAAGCUCGCCAACAUCGCCAAUCGGUUCAAUGCACUGAACACAGAGAAGGUCCCCGUCGUGCUGCAGUGUGUCCUCUGUAGACGAGGUCCCCCGCUGCCUGUGAGGAAGGUCUGUCUGCGCUGCAAGGAGCCCUGCUGCCAAACCCACAUCCACAUGCACCUACAGCAGCCUUGCGCAGCCCCGGGACACCUGUUAGUGGACGCUGACGAGCUGAGUGCUUGGACCUGCCCCACACAUGAGGAGUACAGGAUACUGCACUGUGAAGAAGAGCAGGUGGCUCUGUGUCCUCUGUGCUGCAUCUCCCACUGCUCUAAAAAAAGACACCCAGUCCGUGAUGUGGAUACGAAACAUAUACAAGUGCAGGCCAUGCUAAUGAAACAGCAAGGCAAACUGGAGGGUCGUGUCCAGAUCAUAGAUGAGCAGAUCACCAAGCUGGAGACAGACGGGACACUGAUGAAGGACGCAGUGUCUGAACUGAAGGAGCGUGUGAGAGCCCAGUAUCAGAGGAUGCAUGCGCUGCUGGAAGCCAAACAGGCUGAAGCCAUGCAGAUGCUGGAGAGCACAUGCACCAUGUACGAGAGGAGAAACUCCCAUCAGGCUCUGCAGCUCAAAGACCGCCGUCACGAGACGGAGAAGCUUCUGAGCAUGAUACAAACAUUGUUCCAAAGAUCAGAAAGCAUUAACUGUGUAAAGAAUACAAAACCAUACAAGCUGCUACUAGACAGGUCAAACUCUCACCUGAGUAGUGCCAUCCCUCCAGUCAGACUGGGCCAGAUCAGCUCCCAUGAAUUUCUGUCAGACCUUUCAGUGAGAGAGAAGGAGUUGAGAAAAACCCUGGAAGAACCGUUCAAAGAGGCUACCAUUCUUGAGUUUUUCCAGCCUCAGAGCAGGUCUGCUGGCUCCCAAACAGAGAACCGCUCAGUGCUAAAGAAAAGGAAAUGCAGCAUGAGCUUCGUGGAAAGCGAUACAGAGAACUCCACCUCCCAGGAUCAUCUGCACUCCAGCAGCAAAAAACCCUUCCUCCACCGUGCUUUAUCCAUGUACUCCACUGAAUUCCUCUCCCAGAAUCCUCACGCUGGCCCUGGCCAUAUUCAGCCCCUUGACCCUCCGGCCCAUCCAGCUGUGGUUCUUGGAUCCUCCUCUAGCCAACACUCAGGGACUGUUUUCCCCUCCUCCCACUUCCCCGGUGGAGGGGCCUCGACACAAGCCAUGUACGAAGGGCGCAACGUCCUGAUGUGCACACAGAAUAACUGCUGCUAUUCCAGGGCUUCAGCCGCCCGUGUCCAGCCUCCGUACCCAGCAUCAGACUCCUUCCCCUCCAGGACCUCUCAGGAGUUUCCUGCACAUGUCCCACUAUCUGCGAGCCAGCCACUGCAGCAUUAUCCCAUCAGAGGACUGAUGGAAACCUCCCAGACUGCCAGGCACCCCGACUUCUACAGUCCGUAUGGACAGUCUUUAGACAGACUGGUUUUUUAAACAAAUAAUAAACCAGAGUCGUCAAAAAGAAAUAUAGAAUUUUCUUUUUUGUUCAUUUCCAUUUUGGUUAAGACAGAUGUUGUACACAUCCCCACUCCUGCCCUAUUUUAGGAAACCAUGCCCUGUAAAAUUUUGUAGCUCUGUUAACUUUAUGAAUCACUGUCACGGCAGUCAUGUUUUUUUUUUUUAAAUUGUAUUUAUUUUGUGUUUUAAUUUGACUGGAAGUGCUAAUGUGAACAAUAUAUUCUUAAAGUAGUGAACUCAAAUACGACAUAUCCUAUUACAAAUCCUGACAUGGGAUUCCAGAGACUCUAGUGCCUAAAAAGACUCUUGAUUAUUUCCUGUUUGUGGCUGAAAGUGAGCAGGGAGCCUCCCUGUGCCCUCCAAAGUCCAUGUGGCUUUUAAAAAACGCACUGGGCUACGACUGCUUGUCAGGUUUUUCAUGGAUUUCUUUUUUUUAUAUGAGAUAAUAAAUAAACCAAAACCAGUGAAAAAUACUGAAUAAACAAGCAUAUUGAAUUACA